AUGGCCGUCUGCAACUCAUCCCUUGAAUCCAGCGAAAAGGGUCUGGAAGCCUACGACCUGCGGGAUGCAGAAGCCUUCGACUCUGUUGAGGCCAUGUGCAAGUCUGACACAGUCUCGCUCGUGGUCUGCGCAGCAGAAGAUCUCUCGAAACUGGCCCAGAAAAAAGGAAUUCGCACAGUUAUCGGCCUCCAGGCUGGCGUUUCCCCAGCUUACGUUGCUUUGGCCAAGGUUCUAGAGAGUGGACGCAUCGGGCGGCCUUUGGCCACCCACAUUUCUGGCAGCGCCUGCACGGAGGAAACAGGCAAGGAUAUUGUUAAGCGAUAUAAGUGCUUCAAGGACCGUGACACAGAGGGCGUUACAGGCCAAGUCAUGCUCUCUAUAUACCUGGGCCAUACUUUUCAGCCAGUCGUCCAGCUCUUGGGAGAGCCGACGACCUUGCGAACCCAGAUGCGGACGACGUGGCCAAAGAUCAACGUUAUGGACCAAGACCAAGUUAUUGAGUCGGACGUCACCAAGACUGCAGACGACUACGUCUCGCUUCAAGGAGAGACGGAAUCAGGAGUAGCCUUUACUUACUGCUUCCGGGGUGGGGGCGCUUUUGACAAGGGAGAAGGCUUAGUUUAG